AUGACUUUGGGAACUUACAACAGGCAUCAAUCAGUAAAGAAGAGGCAAGCGAAACUGGCAGCCGCAUUUCCGCAAGGGAUAAAGUGCCAAAAAUGUCUGGAGUAUGGGCACUGGAGCUAUGAAUGUACCGGAAAGCGCAAAAUUCUGGUUCGACCCUCCCGCACUCAGGUUUUGAAAAAAAAUUUGAAGGCCAAAAAGGAUAAGUGCAGUGAUGGCAAAUGUGAUCUUCCUAUUAAAAAGAAACGCAACAAUAACUGUCAAGACUGUUCAGAUGAUGGCUCCACAUCGGAUUCAUCAUCUAACAGCUCAUCAUCAGACAGCGAGUCGGACAGUGGCAGCGAGGAUGAAAGUGGUAGCAGCAGUUACACCGACAGCAGCAGCGGAUCAGAAUCUGACUCUGAUAGUGACUAA